UCGGCGGCCGAAAAUAUAUCGUCGUCGUCUUCCGCGCGGUGCCAGCGCUGAACCCUGACGAAGAAGAGGAGCACGCCGGAUGCUCGCGGUCUGGUGGGUUGCCACAGCGAGGUCAGUCGUCCACUGGUUGUCAGGAUGUUGGCCCAGGACCGAGACCGGACCUUCUUCCGGACGAAUCUGUUCCAGCUGUCCCGCUGCCUGGCACGCCUGCACCCCACGCCCUGGAACAAGGUGGCCAAGCUGAUGACCCCGUGUCCGACCGAGGUGUCACUUGGAGUGUUCAGAAUAGACCAGCGUGGCCAGGAUGCCGUCAUCGCGCUCGGCAUCUACUUCAUGGAGUCGGGCUUUCAGCACAAGGAGCGUAUCGUGCCCUACUUCCUGAUGCUGCUCCGCGGCCUGCUCAAGGCCAACUUUGUUGAGGAGAUCCGGUACGAACCGGACGAGCGCAUCCCCGUGCGGGAGCGCUUCUGCUUCCUGCUGCAGACGGUCCUGUCGGACACAGCGUACCACUGCGAGCACCUGAGCGAGGAGAUCGCCAACUGCCAGCUGGAAUUCUUAUCGGCGCUGGUGCGCAUCUGCGCCAGCGCCCAGGCGGCGGCCUGCAAAGCCACGGACUCCGCCGUCAGCGUGUCCCAGACCGUGGUUCCUCUCAUCAUCGGUACGUGCCGAGCCAUGGCUCGAGCGAGCUUUGAGCUGCCUUACCUCAUCUGCCAAAUUUUUCCAGUUCCUGAAAAAGUGUCUAUUAUACAGAACGAAAGAAGCGAAAGCUAUAGCAAGAAAAAGAAGCAGGUCGAUGCCUACAAUCCGAUCUUGGUACCCCGAAGAGCCAUGGUGAACUACUGGAUGUCCUCGUGCCACAAAGGAGCGUCCAGGGAGCGCAGGGAAGCCCUUCUCCCCUACGAGAACAUCACGACUCCCAUUCCCUUCAAGCCGUCGACUUUUUUAUUUCGUCAUUUCGGAUCCAGUUUUAGCCAGAUGCGCGUGAUCGCCGAACGGGAGGACCUAAUUCGCAAAUCGCACAUGAAGUUCAGCGCCAUGAAGGUACAGGUGUUCCUCACCCUCGCUGACCGAAUGUUGUCCGACGAGAUGAUCGAGUACCUGGACCGUUGCGCGACCUUGGUACAUGACGGAAAUCUGUCGAUGAUUAACCCAUACAUCUCGUUCGGCGAAAUCUUGAAGCUUGUCUGGAUCACGCUGCUCCAAGAGCUCCUCUGCAGCUACACUAUGGCCGAUAGGGAAAACUGGAAAACCUCGGCACCCCUGUUCUACAGUCUCACCAGGGACAUACAAAAAUUCGCGAAGCAUCUGUUCAUCGCCGGUCAGAAGGAAAUACAGGUCAAGUCGUACGACUUGAGCGAUCAAGAACAGAGGGAGAACAAAUUCAUUUGCAUCAACCGCUUCAAGUUGAACGUGCAGACUAUCGCAGUCUGCGUCGAAAUUCUCGUCUGGGCCGAAGUGGACGAGAACGGCGGAGACCUUCUCUGCGGCAAACUGACUGAGAAGAUUUCCAGUCCUCACGGCCUAAAGCUUGCGCUGGGACACUUGCCGAUCAUCAUCGUCUGCUUGGAAGGGCUAAGGACCCUUGCUGAGACGUUCCCCUUGAUCGUCGACACCUGCUUACUGCCCUUGCGGGAGUUUCUAGGAAAUCCUGCUCCCGUGCUGCUGAAGCUCCACCAGUCUAUGGAAGAGAUUACCAGUGGUGACCAUGCAGGCGUCAGGAUAAUCUGCCAAACCGCCUUGAGGCAGGUCCGGGACACGGCUAUCGAGAGCCUCUGUGGCGUCCUCAGGGUGGGCAUUGAACAAGACCCCGAGUGCGUUCAGGCCUACUUGGCUUCCGCGUCCAAUAAGCUGUACCAGGCCGAAAUCAGUGGAGGUGAAGGGGGUCUCAUUGCGGUCAACACAGUGCUGGCUCUUGGAAAGAUUGCGGUGUACCUGAAGAGAACUCCCAAGACCGAAAAGUCGGUGCUCCAGUUCUUCCAGCAACGGUUUUGUAAGCCACCUUCUACCUUGGACACGGUCAUCGUGGACCAAAUGGGGAGGAUGAUUGUUGCCAAAGUGGAUAGGCAGGUCCGGGACGAGAUAAUGAAGAUGCUUACCAUGAUCACUCUGGUGGCCAACUCACUUUACUCCAGGAGCUCCGUGGCAGAAUCAAAGUACCACGGUUACAAGCACGUCGCCCUACCUGUUGUCAAGGUUUUAAUCAAGGUUGCGUCUGGAAUGGAUGGCGCUGACGAACAGGUAGAACUGCUGAGCACGCUUCUGGAGCUCUUUGUUCAAAUCGGCAUCGACGGCUGCCGCAGCUGCGAGAACCAGUUGGCCUUCAAGGAGUCCGGCGUUGCGAGCAACAUGGGCAUUCUUAUACCGGUCAUAUCCGCUCUGAUUCGAAGGAUGGAUCCUAUUGUAGGCGCCAAGUCGAGACUACACAAGUUGUUCUGGGACUUUUGGUUGUACGCCUCCCUAAUGGGAUUUACCGUUAUGUCUGGUGUGUGGCCGGACGAAUGGUAUUACGCCACGGGCGACAUAGCGCUGAAGUCGCCCAUGCUAGUCUGCAAAGAACACUUGAGACCCGUUCUGCAGUUCAACAGCAAUACCCACAGUGAGACGGCUGCCAUCGUGGAUCUUGGGGAUGUCAAGUUUCAGCUGCUGAAGGAACUGAAGGGAGGUACUGCAAUCAGUACCAUCCUUUACAAGAUGAACUUCCAGCAGGCCACCUACCUUCUCUCGGUGAUCGACCUUGAGACGUUACGAAUUCAAAAUUCGGUGACAACGAAAUCUCCGUACCAUAUUAUUCUUCAGUACCUCGAGUUCCCACUUAUCCAGAAAGACAAGGGGGGGAUGUUUACCUGCAUGUGUGCUGUGGCCGACAAAGUGUUCGAGAUUUUUUUAGAUGUCAUGAUGGGCAAACCGAAGGAAGAAGAGCGGGAAGCUGAGCUUGAAGAGUAUUUUGUCUAUCUCCUCGUGAAAUUUGUCGACCCCGAAAAGUCUAUACGUCGGGUUUCUGACAGGUUCAUUUCGGGCUUUAUAGACAGGUUUCCCCACUUGUUGUGGAGUCGAAAAGUGCUCUGGUCUAUGCUCGAUAUCCUACAGGCCCUAGCACACUCCCUUGAGCUUGACCCAAACGAGACGGGACAAGAAGUGGUCGUUCCCGACACACCUUACAGCAUCACACUCACAGACACGAUGGAAGGGCGAGAAACGGUUGUGAGAGACCUCGCGGCUCAUUGCCAGGGAAUCGUGCAGGAGGCAGUAAAGUGGGCUCCAAUAGCCACAAGAUCGCACCUCCAGGAGUACAUGGUGACACACUCAGAAAUGGUUGAGGCCCUUACGCAGCAUACAGGCGUGGGCUUGGCAAUCGAGAGUAUCAUGCUGUUUGCAGGUCUAAACACUGUGUCAUCUCCUCAGUCCUUGACUCUUCUUGAAAGGUGGCCUGCUUGCGUGAAAAAGGACUACUCAGAAUUUGUAUGCUCCAUGGAAAUCCGCUGCAGAUAUUCCGGUGAAGUAGCUGGUUUGUUGAUGACCUCGAGAAACACGGAAUACACGCGCAAGGAGCUUGCGGCGAAGUUACUGAAUCAAUUGCACUCCAGCUGGAAGACCAAGCAGAAAAAGUUGCACAAGCGGUGCAUCUUCCGCAUCUGCGCCCUGCUUGUGAGCACAAAGGGACUUGACCGUAAGCUCCUCAAGUCGCUCUGCUGGUCUCCGGUUGAGUUCUUCUCCGAGGAGCCUACUCGGAACGCAAUCUACUGUUGGCAAUGGUUUCUGGCGGCUAAACCUGAAGAAGAGCUCAGAUUUCUCCAUGAAAUGGGCGCGGCUUGGCUCGCCACGUUGGAGCGGAAACUGGGGCUCUUCUCGAAAGACCCUGUCCAAACUGACCCUUGCGCCGUCGGCGAGAAGAGUGACUUGAACCCCAAGCCUCCUUACAUCAUACCGCAUGAGGUAUGGGUAAACUUCCUCGUCGAGAAGAUUGAGUCUGCCAAGUUUAGCAGCCAGGCCGAGAUUGAAAUCUUCACCAACCUCAUAUAUAGGACCUUCUCGCCGAUCAUAGGAGAGAACCAGUUCUGCUGCCGGCACAUCUCUGUGGUUGGCACGAGGUUCAAUCUGCUCAGCAGCGCCAUCUCGCUGUUGCAGAGCGACGCCUUGAACAGCAACAUGAUACGGAGCAUUCUUAGAGAACGCGUGUACGCUGCUGCCCUGGACUACUUCUGUGGGCCACAGCUGUACCCCACCGAGCGAGGCGGCAAGCUUCGGGAGAACAUCCUAAUGAUGGUCAAGUUCUGGAUGGCGAUGCACAACGACAAGAAGUAUCUGCGGCACUGCAAUUUCUUGAAGGAUAUGGUUGGCAAUCAGAUCAUCAGUUCCGCGAAAGCCUCGGGGUCCGGACCCGAAAACGAGGCCACCCCGACCACAACCGAAAACGCCUCGAUGCCGUAUACCCCAUUGGGGUGGCAGCAAUUGGCGUUCAACAAGGGUUCCAGCGAGACAUCUUCAGUGUCCAAGUUGACUUCGACUACAGCGUCGAAAGACUUCAGAGACAGCCCGGUGAUUCCAGACACGGCGUACACGAAAGAGUACCUUCGCAAGCGAUCCCUCAUACUGGCCUUGUUAUCCGUAGAAGUCGAGUUUCUGAUCACGUGGUACAAUCCAAUGGCCACGUUGGACAAAGCGAUUCCCGGCGAGGAGAUCAUAAGCGCCUGGAGGUGCCAGCAUAUCACCGAGCGUGGCUGGAUGGAGAUGGCCAGGGUUGCCUGGAGCUUGUCACCUUCACUUGCUGUGUACCUGCCCAGCCGAUUUAGGUCCUCGGAUACUUUGCGCUCGGAGGUAAUUCGACUGGUCCAAACAAAUCCGGACAUGGUGUGCCACAUCGGCGAAGCUCUGCAGUACAUGGUUACUGCGGAUAGCGUGAUGGAGGACUCCCCUAGCCUGUCCUAUAUGCAGGCGUGGGCUUCGGUGUCUCCCAUCAAGGUCCUCGCCUACUUCUCGAGACUUUACUCACCGCACCCGAUCACGGCGCAGUACGCCGUCCGAGUCCUUUCCUCCUGUUCUCCGGACGUGCUGAUGUUCUACAUUCCUCAGCUGUCCCAGGCGGUCCGCUACGAUACCAUGGGCUACAUUCGGGACUUCAUCAUCUCGUCCGCCAACAUCAGCCAGCUACUCACCCACCAGUUCAUCUGGAACAUGAGAACAAACAUGUUCAGGGACGAGGACGGCCAGGAAAAGGACCCCGACCUCUUUGAGACCUUCAACACCAUGAUCAGUGCCAUGGUUAGCAAUCUGUCUGGCAAGGAGAAGCUCUUUUACGAGUCCGAGUUCGACUUCUUCACCAAGAUUACGGCCAUUUCGGGCGUGCUUCGGCAUUUCCCCAAGGGACCGGAGCGCAAGAGGGCCUGUCUCUCUGAGCUGUCCAAGAUAAAGGUAGAGCAAGGCAGCUACCUACCGUCGAGUCCGGAGGCCAUCAUCGUGGACAUCGACUACGCCUCGGGAGCACCGAUGCAAAGCGCCGCCAAAGCUCCGUUCCGAGCCAAGUUCAAGGUGAGGAAAGUGGGCAUCGAGAAAGUCCAGGAGAUUGCCACGUCCGGAUACAAGGACCUGCGAGACGCGGGAAUGUUCAGCGUGGCCGACAUGAGGAAGGAGCACUGGCAAGCGGCCAUCUUUAAAGUUGGCGACGAUGUGCGCCAGGACAUGCUGGCCUUGCAGGUGAUUGCGCUCUUCAAGCACAUUUUCUGCAUCGCCGGCAUCGAUGUCUACUUGUUCCCGUAUCGGGUGGUAGCUACAUCUCCCGGGUGCGGGGUCAUUGAGUGUGUCCCGGACACCACGUCCAGAGACCAGAUGGGACGCCAGACGGACAUCGGUCUGUAUGAGUACUUCAUCCAGAAGUACGGCGACGAGUCCAUGCGGAACUUUCAGGAGGCGCGCAACAACUUCGUCAAGAGCAUGGCUGCGUACAGCGUGGCCAUGUUUCUGCUACAGGUGAAAGAUCGCCACAACGGUAACCUCCUGCUCGACGAAGACGGCCACAUCAUCCACAUCGACUUCGGCUUCCUCUUUGAGAGCUCGCCGGGCGGGAACAUCGGCUUCGAGCCGGACAUCAAGAUCACCGAAGAGAUGGUCAUGAUCAUGGGCGGCAAGCAGGAGGCUGAGCCGUUCAAGUGGUUCACCGAGCUCUGCGUGCGAUGCUUCCUGGCCGUGCGACCGUACCAGGAGGACGUGGUCACUCUGGUGUCCUUGAUGCUUGACACGGGACUGCCCUGCUUCAGGGGGCAGACCAUCAAGUUGCUCAGGCAAAGGUUCGCCCCAGCGGCCACGGAGAAGGAGGCCGCGGCCUUUAUGAUGAAGAUCAUCAACGACUCGUACCUUAGCAUCCGGACCAAGACAUACGACAUGAUCCAGUACUACCAGAACCAGAUUCCUUAUUAGGUACCCAGGAGCUGGUGGGGUUCGAGUUUGUGGCGGUAGCCUUAGUGAGGUCGGUGUGAGGGAUGGUGCCCAGAUUGGAACAUCCCAGAGGCGUUCGUAAUUGGGAGUCAAUCCGGAUAUAGAGUAAUGAGCAUAAUUAAGACCGCCUACAACACAGCUCGCUGUGUAAAGCGGUUGGGUCUACGGGGACUCGACAAUAAAAAAAUACGAGCUUUGUUUAAGAUAAGUUUAAUAUACAGUUCAUGAAG